AGUCUUGCCCGGCUAAAAACUAAAUGCAUUGAUUUGAAAGGCUACUAUAUUCCCAGUAGAUAUUUUUACUUUGCUUAAUAGGGCAAUUUAUUGUGCUUUCUGUUUCUCAUAUUUUUGUGUGAAUUUUCUUUGUUAUUAAUUGAGAAUAGGCAACUAAAUUGUAAGUUGUUAUUUUUCAUUUCAAGUGGUGUAAUUAACUUAAUCUUUGAUGAAGAUGAAAACUCUUGAGAAGGGAGCAGUAGUUGAUUGGGGUAUCACUCCAAUCGACCACUCAAUUUGUACGAUUCUUAUUUCAACGUGUGAAUCUUUCCUGCGAAUAAGACACUAAAUAAGUCUUGACUUCAAUUUAUAUUCAACUAUUAAUUAAUAUUUUCAAUGACUAGUAUCUUUGCCUGAGGAUAGAUAACCAUGACUUGUACCUAGACCUCUUACUAUCAAUGCUUUUUAAAUGUUGAAAGUGAUUCAAGAUUUUACACCAAUAUCAUUGAAUUAUUUACCCAAUAUAAAUGCAAAUGAAAUCCUAAUUGCAUAAAAAGUGAGAAAUAAUACCAUUAUACAAAUGACUAAGAAUUUUUUAUUCUAUUUCCCUCAAUAUCUCAAAUCUGACAAAAACAAAAAGCAAUGAAAUCCUAGUUAUCUGGAAAAUAGCAUGUCAAAAUUUGAUGCCUAUUUUCGUGGAUAGAGCUCAAACCUGACUAAAAGACAAUGUGCUCUAGUUUUCAGUAUCUACUUUAAAUGUUUCUUCAUGUCCAAUGUUCCGUUUUUUUGUUCUGCUGUCCUAUGAAGUUUUUUUCUGAGUAUUUGAAAAUCUUCACAAUUUCUUGGCUGGCGAUAAGUUUUCCUCAACAUUGUACCGUUUUGUGGACUGUAUUUUUUUAUACUCUUGAAAACGGUUUCUGCCGUUUCUCAUUUAGACUGUAAUUAUUAAGGAAGUCUAAAUUCUAAUAGUUUGACAGGGUACUGUUCUGAUUUGAAAUUCAGUUUGAACAUGAAUUUUCUAUACAGAUUUAAACUGUAUCACACAAGUUAUAUAUGACAUGAAAUGCCAUCUUAAUAAUAUGUUUGAAUUGAAAACUGCAUUUUCAGCAAAGUCAGGUAUUUGAGUAAAUUCCAAAUUAACUAACUUGUAUUGAAUUCUAGAUUCAACCACACUACAACAUAAGGUCUAUCGCUGGAUUUUGAAUCCCCAAUGAAUAUGAUUUAUUUUUAACCCUGUCCCUAACCAUAACUUGGGUAGGUAACGUGUUGCUAGACCUCAAGCUAUCAUUUAUAAUUCAUAAUAUAAGUUGUUAAUUUUGAAUUUAUUCAAAUACUUGAUAGUUUUGUACAACCUUGUCUGUUAUGGUAACGAAAUAUUGUUCAGUCUAAAUAUCAAGUUCAUUAUUUGUGUAUAUUUUCCUAAAGUUCUUUUCAUUCUGGGCAAUUUAAAAAUCUUGGCGAGUUAUCAUUAUUUUCAUAUUCCACUUUGGGCUCGACAUGUUAAAGUUCAAAUAUUAUUUUUUGCUUCAUUUAACUCAAUUAAUAUGAGUUUGUCAAACUGUAUAUUUUCACCUUGCUUGUAUUGUAUAACUAGACAAUGACUUUUGAAAAACAUAUCGAUAUUAUCAUUAGGAUAACAGUUCAGUAUCAUUUGUUAUUCGAGUCUUAUUAUUGACCUCGUUGAAAAUUACAAUCUUUUAUUAUAUUGAUUAGACAGACCAGGAGAAUAUUGCUUGCUUUUUUCCACAAGUCGACUUUUAAUGAAACUAUAGGUCUUUCUUUAAUUUUGAAAACCUAUACACUUUAAUUUAGAUGUUUAAAAAUUCGUUUCAACUUAUUUAACUUCUGUUGCUACUCAUUAACAUGACCAAUAUUUCAAUUUGACAAUUAUCUACAAUAGAACAUCAAUAAACAUGAUUUAAAAUUUCAAGAUACGUUUUUACAAAGAAACAUAGUCAAAUCUUGUUAAUGUAUAUACCAUGAGCAUUCAUAUUAUCAAAAUAGGCAUAGAAUUACAGUUUACCAUUCUAGAAUUUUGGGAUGAUAUUGAUAUGUUUUUCAUUGUCUACACUUUUCACAUGUCUCAUUAAAGUGUUGUCUUAAUUCGCCACAUUGUUUUUUUUUUGCAAUAGAUUGUUGCUAUUUCCAGUUAGAAUUUUGGCCAAAAUAACACAAUUUUUGUGAUCUUGUGGCUGCAUUUUUCAAGAAGAAAAUAUGUCUCGUUUUUUCGGAGCAUCAAGCUCUGAUACUGAUGAGUCCUCAAGUGAUGAUGGAAUGGCGCCUGCACCACAGAGACCACAGUCAACUAGAGUUUUUCUGAUGAGUGACGAUGAAGAAGAUCAGAAGAGAGUUGUUCGAAGUGCGAAAGAAAAAUCUUGGGAAGGCCUCGAAAAUUUGAUCAAAUCAAUGAGAAAUGCAAGAAAGAUCAACGACAUGGUCAAGGUUCUGGAUGAUUUUGACAAUCUCUGCAAACAAUAUGUGAAAGCAAAAAAUGUGAUUGCAAAAGAAGGAAUCCCUCCUUUCUACAUCAGGAAUUUGGUUGAAACUGAGGACCAUAUCAAUGAGCUAUGGGAAGACAAGGAGGCUCGUAAGAAGAUGAGUAAAGUCAACUCAAAAUCAUUAAGUACAAUGAGACAGAAAUACCGUCGUUACAUUCGGGAUUUCGAGAAGGAAAUGAAGGAAUAUAGGGAGAACCCAGAUGCUGUUGAACAUCAUAAAGAAGAGGAACCUUCAGAGCCAGAGAGUUCUGAUGAUGAAGUCCAACCCACUGGAUUCCUGAAAGCCCCUGCCAAGGCAGCAACUAGUUGGUUGAAGAAAGAACCAAAAGGAGGAGAUGAUGAUGAUGAUGACAGUGAUAUCUGGAUGAGUUCUUCUGAGGAUGAGUCUUCUGAUUCUGACGCUGAAACUGGUGGAAGGCAACUCACUGCUGAGUACUUCUUGAAAAAAAAACCUGGUACAGAGAGUAAAGAAGAAACUGAUAAACCUAAACGAAAGAGAGAACAAAAAGAGGGAAAGAGUGGGAAAAAGAGUGAGGACGAGGAGGAGGAAGAGGAGGGCUGGGAGAAGGUCAAGCAAACAGGGAAAGGGAAGCAUGGCGGACCGAUUGUUUUAUUUAAAAAGGAUACUGAGAUUGACCACAAGGUGGUGUUGAAGAAACUGAAUGAAAUUAUUCAAAACCGAGGACGUAAAUCUACCGAUAAACAAAAUCAAGUUGCCCUUCUGAAACAGCUUCGAAUUAUUGCUGAACAACAUUCCCUUGGACUUGGAAUCACAAUCAAACUUCUGUUCAACAUUAUCGCGGCUUUCUUUGAUUACAACACAAAGACUAGAGAUUGCAUGAAGACUGAACCAUGGAACGAUGUCCUGAAACAUCUGGAAGAAUUGCUGGAUCUACUGUUGACUAAUGACAACAUACUUGUUUCUGAGAAUAUCACAGAUACAUCCGAGAAUAUGGAGGACAGCACUGUUGAAUACAGAGUGAAAGGCAAUGUUGUUGCUCUUUUGGAAAAACUCGAUUCUGAAUUUAUCAAAAUCUUACAAAAUGCCGACGCUCAUUCAACUGAGUACGUUCAACUGUUGAGAGAUGAAAGUAAAGUCAUGAAAAAUAUCCAGAAACUGAGUAAUUACGUCGAGGCUAAGGGAUCAAGUGAAGACAUCUGCGUUGCUUAUCUGCUCAGGAUUCAGCAUCUUUACUAUAAAUUCGAUUACAAAGCAAGAGAUGAAAGAAUCGCUGCUGAAAAAAAAGAAUUGGAAUUUGAGGGCAUGACUGAGGAGGAAAAGCAAGAUGUUGAAAAAGACCCGGUUCUUGCUGAGCUCGGCGAAAAUUCUGCAAAGGUCAUGGAUGAAUUGUGCAAGUUCAUUUAUACAAAAGAUUCUUCUGACAGAAUAAGAACAAGAGCUAUUCUGCACCAUAUUUAUCACCAUGCCUUGCAUGAUCGUUGGUAUCAAGCCAGAGAUUUGAUGCUGAUGUCACAUUUACAAGAAAAUAUUGGAUUUUCUGACGUUCCAACUCAGAUUCUGUACAAUCGUACCAUGGUUCAGCUAGGAUUAUGCGCGUUCAGACAAGGAUUGAUGCAGGAAGCCCAUAAUGCUCUGGUGGAUAUCCAGUCCAGUGGUCGGGCAAAAGAACUUCUUGCUCAGGGUCUCCUGAUUCAGAGACAAGGUGAGCGAUUGACCCCUGAACAGGAGAAACUUGAAAAGGGGAGACAGAUUCCUUUCCAUAUGCAUAUCAAUUUGGAGUUGCUUGAAUGUGUUUAUUUGGUAUCUGCAAUGCUUCUUGAGAUCCCAUACAUCGCUGCCCAUGAGUUUGAUGCUCGUCGUAGAAUGAUUUCUAAACAAUUUCAUCACCAAUUGAGAGUCAGUGAGAGACAGGCACUCCUUGGACCACCAGAUAACAUGAGGGAACACGUUGUCGCAGCUGCAAAAGCAAUGAAGAUGGGAGAUCAUGUGACUUGUCUGCAGUAUAUCAUCAAUGAUAAAAUGAACAAUAAGGUUUGGGGAUUGUUUUCUGAAUCCCAUAAAGUCAAAGCAAUGUUGGAGGAAAAAAUUAAAGAAGAAUCAUUGAGAACUUACUUGUUCACUUACAGUCAGUUCUAUGAUAAUAUGAGCAUCUCUCUAUUAUCCGAGCUUUUCCAAUUAGACCAAGCGUCCUGUCAUCGUAUCAUAAGUAAAAUGAUUUUUAAUGAAGAACUGGCAGCCUCUUGGGAUGAGCCUUCAUCUAGUUUGGUUCUUCAUAAAACUGAUCCUACUAGACUACAGAAUAUGGCUUUACAAUUGGCUGAUAAGGUGACAGCACUAGUUGACGUCAAUGAAAGAAUCUUGGAAUCGAAAAGUUCUGGAGGUGGAUUCCAGAAUUACAGACAAGACGGUCAAGAUCAAAGGAAUUACCAACAAGGUGGUCGUGGCGGUAGACGCAAUCAGCAGAAUUACCGGGGAGGUUACAACAAUAGGAGAGAAGGCGGGGGUGGGGGUGGAUACUUUUCCAAAGGUGGUUACCAAGGCAAUCGAUCUGGUGGUUACCAAGGUAACCGAUCUGGUGGUUACCAAGGCAACCGAUCUGGUGGUUAUCAAGGCAACAGAAGUGGUGGUUACCAGGGAUCUUAUGGGAAUAGAAGUGGGGGUUAUCGCAAACAAUAUUAAAUUUUUUGAAAUAUUCGGAUGUUGGGCAGAACGGAUAACGGAUUUAGGCACUUCUUGAUAUAUCUGGCUGCAUUUGUUUUUGCAUUUUACUGUAAUACACCUAUUCUGACAUCUUUGGCUUGAAUAUCUUACGAUCUUUCUAUUAGGAUAAAAUUACAAUUUUACAGUGUGUAAUCUCGAAAGAUCAAGAUUUCAUUGACCAAUUACAACUCUUAAAAACUAUUUGAUUUUUGGUGGCCAAUUCUUGGGCAGGGGAAUCUGGAAUUUAUUAAUUCCAUGCUUGCUGUUAAGUGGCUAUAUUAAUUCUUAUUGGAGCUUAGGCACUCAAAAAAUUAACGAAAUAAUUUAUUGCUGGGGGGUGUGAGUGAAUGCGAUAAAAUAAUGCUUUUCGAACUACACAACUGUCGUCUAUUUAGCCCACUGUUCUUAUGUAAAUCAAUCAUGUGUGUGCCAUCGGAGUUUUAUGAGCAGAUGUUGUGUUAAUAUGGAUUGAAAUGAAUAAAGAAAUUGUUCCAGUA